AUGCACACUUUGACUUCAAUCGAAGUUCCUUUGCACAUAUUCGGAGCCUACAUCAUCAUAUUCAAAACGCCCAAAUCGAUGGACUCGGCCAGAACCAUCAUCUUUAUCGUUCACACUUUAUGCUCCGUUAUGGACAUUUACUGCACUUUCUUCCUCGUUUUCGUCUUCUGGGUGCCCUCUCCGUCCGGAUAUCCUGUUGGUUUUCUGAGCACUUUGGGCGUGAGCUCCACAAUUCAAACUUUUAUUUUUUUCAACACUCUGCUAGCCACUGGAAUCGGAUUCAUUGGAUUGUUUGAGAAUCGACAUGAUACACUUGUAAUCGGACAGAGCGGAAGGUCCGAAUCACGAAAUUUCAAGAGAUUUCUGUUCUUUGCUCUCACUUUCUUCAUCUGCGCCAGCGAUAUUGUCUAUGUUUUCAUGAGCCUUCCGGAUGUAGAGAUCGGAAGAAUUUCCGUUCAAAAGGUAUCAGGAUGUUAUGAUCAUGAGAGUAACCACAAUCUUCAGCAACAACCGUGCAUUCCGAUGUCUCUCAUCAACAAUCCCGGCUUCAUUCACCUGAACAUCGACAACUAUCUGAUUCCGAUGCUCACCGGAAUCAUCAUAACCGCCCUCUUCCUCCAGGGCUCUUUCUUCGUCAUUUACACCAUUCAUAAUCUAUUUUUCGCCGUUCGAAUCGUCUCCAAAACGACGCAACGAAUGCAACGCAAGUUUUUCGUCGCAAUGAUUCUGCAGGCGCUCAUUCCGGUCACGUCGAUCGUGAUUCCGAUGUACUACUUGUACUUGGCUUGGAGUUUUAGUUAUUACAAUCAGAGUAAGUUAUUAAGAGGGCACUCAGUGCAGAUCAAUCAUUAAGAAUACAACAACUUUGCCGAAAUCGCGUUCGGAAUGAACGGAUUCUUCACCACAAUCGUCAUGAUUAUCGUGCAUCAACCGUAUCGGAAAGCCGUUAAAAACAUGUUCACUGGGACGACUUCCGACGAUAUCGGCUCGAAGAUUUUCAGAAAAAUAUCAGUUGUCCGCACUGCUUUCGUUUCCUCUUGA